AUGGGCUUGCAAAUCUUUAUCAUCCAGGUGACUCAUGUUCUGAAUGUGGCAUAUGGAGUCCAAAAUGCCUUCCUCAAUGACUUUAUAUACAAGACUAUUUCUAUUCUGGAUCUCCCAGAAACUGAUAUUACCUCCUAUUUCCCUGAAUGUUUUGACUUCAUUGAGAAAGCCAAGAUCCAGGAUGGUGUCGUGCUGGUCCACUGUAAUGCAGGAGUCUCCCGGGCAGCUGCAAUAGUCAUCGGUUUUCUCAUGAAUUCAGAAAGACUGAGUUUUGCUAGAGCCUAUUCCUUGGUGAAAAGUGCAAGGCCUGCAGCUUGUCCGAAUCCUGGCUUCAUGGAGCAGCUUCACAAGUACCAAGAACAGACCAUAAAGGCAAACGGAAGCAUAAAUGAUCACGACUGA